CAGAAAGACAUAUCCCUCCCAUAAAAUUCCAGGUCGAUCAUUCGUAUGAGCAUUUAGUUAUCCUAUACUACACGUUUCUCGUAUCCGUGAAAUGUAGCUAAGUUUACAACGACAUCUCUCUCCCUAAAAUUUGAAACCGUUUUUCUGCGGCCUUUUCUUUGUCUAGUCUGAUCAGGAGACUCAAUUCUAUACAAAUAUAUGCAUUUUAGGCCCACACCAGAGGCGGAGGAACAGAGGCGGCGGCGGGGGAGCAUAUACCCGAACAAUAUCGACAGGACAAUCUUCUAAGAUAUAUCCAGCUGUAUACGCGUGUGUAUGUAUCGCUUCAGCUGCUAUACACUCUGGGGAGGAAUCGGAUUCUUUCUGGGAUCAAUCGAAGAGGAAGAUGAAGUUUGGGGAAACUUUUACGGAGUACAUUCACGAGGAUGAAGGCCACAAGCUGUCCUAUGUCGAAUACAAAAGCCUCAAGAAGGUUCUUAAACGUUGCUCCACAUGCAACACUUUGGAGGGAUCCAAUGAAUGUUGCUCCAUGUGUGAUCAAACGUUCUUUCCUGAACUGAAGAAAGAGGCUUCUAACAUUGCGGGGUGUUUUAGCUCUAGAGUAAGAAGACUUCUCAGACUCCACAUGGCUCCUGGAGUGCAAAGAUGUUUCAUAUCCUUACGUCACUGUUUCAUUGAUGAUCAGCAAGCCAUGGUCAGAGAGUGUUACAUGCUAAUGCAAUAUGCGGUAAUGAAUGCAAUUGCUAUGCGGAAAAUACUUAAGAAGUAUGACAAGAUUCAUGGCUCUGUCAAGGGAAGAAAAUUCAAAUCGACAAUAAGAGAUGAACGCUUGGAGAUUCUGCAAUCACCAUGGUUGAUUGAGUUAGGAGCUUUCUAUUUGAACUUUAAUGCUUCAAAUGGUGGGAGCUCCAAAGAGCUCUUCAGCUCUUUCUCAUGUGAUUUUGAUGCUACUGACUUCUUACUCACGUUGAGACUUCCAGAAUCCGUGAAGUUAGAGUACAGCCUAACAUGUGCUGUUUGCCUGGAUUUUGUGUUCAAUCCUUAUGCUUUAGGGUGUGGCCAUCUGUUCUGUAAAUCAUGUGCAUGCUCUGCAGCUUCUGUGAUGAUAUGUGAGGGUCUGAAGGCUGCAAGUAAGGACUCAAAGUGUCCGAUUUGCAGACAGGAGGGCGUUUACACUGAUGUAGUGCACAUGAUGGAAUUAGAUUUGCUCCUGAAAAGGAGUUUUAGAAAGUCGUGGAAAGAAAGGUUGGUUUAUGAACGUGCUGAGGCAGUGAAGCAGUCCAGGCUGUUUUGGGAAUUGCAAACAAGAUACAUGGUUGGAUAUUAAUGUCUUCGGUCACUGGGAUAUGAUUUUUUUCCGUACAGAAUUUUUAAUAAAUCCAACAAGUUUUUUCUUUUUCAAUAUUGGUUCUUGGUUAUGCUGAAGUUUAAGCUACUGUGGUAAUAACAUAUUGUGCAGUGACUGGGCUUUCUUUAAUCUCCUAAUGUUAUACGUAGUAUUCUUUUUAAUCCGAAGUGUAUGACCUGCAUUGGUUUUGUAUCUAAUCAUGGUGAGCGGUGAUAUCAUAAACUU